CUAAACUCUAGUUUUAUGGGAGACACUGCCAUCUACUGAGCUGACAUGGAACUGCAUUAUAUACCCCCACUCUUUCCUUCGAACGACUGUAUGUACUCAAAUGGCCAGAAGGAGGCACUGUGGUGGCUAAGGCGCCUGCAGCCAUCGAGCAAGAGACGAGGGUGACACAGGAAGGAACUCACAAGUCUUUGUCGAUAUGUGAAAGACUUCACACAAAACAGAAACAUCUUUAUUACGUUUGUUGUUUUUUUGUUAGAAGAAAUGGGACAGCUUUAAUUCAUGUAACAAAGAUAGCCCCGUCGCCUUUGUGAUGACUUCCUGGUUGAUCUCCUUCGGAUGUUGCUAAAAACAGAUGGACGAGAUGAAUCUUGUGAAGAACUCGGGCAUGCAUCCGCAUCUGCGCGAGGACGAGGCGGUAGUCGUGGAAAACGCCAUCAGGCUUGCGAUUGACUCCAUCGUCAACGUGCUGUUCGGGGUACGCAGUGGCAGGAAUCGGGAGCUCCAGUUGAUGGUGGCCGACAGAGACAAAGAGAUCCAGCGGCUGGAGGGCAGGCUGGCGGAGAUCGAGCAGGAGCUCCAGGUGAUGCGGCGACAGGGAUGCAGCUGCGGGUUGUCUGGAGCUCAGAGCUCCGGGGAGAGAGAGACGGGGCAAUCGAGCCGAUUGAAUCAGGAGUCUAAUCUGACAUCAGGACAGCAGGAGUGUGACGUGCCCAUGAGUUUCGGCGCCUUUGCAAGACCUCCUUCUCAUGUCUCCUCACACAGCCAGGAGUCGGCUCCAUCUUUAUCGCCGAACAGGCUGGUCCUGGAACGGUCCUGCACCCCCCACAUGUCAGAGAACCUUUAUUUACAGGAACCAGUCAGCACUCUGAUCUCAUCACCCAGUAACGUCAUCAUCAAGGAAGAGCCAUGUGACGCGGUUUUAAUCAAGUGGGAGAUGACCGAUGAGCGACUGGGAGACCAUCAGGGGGCAGCAGGGACGCUACGGGUGGACAACUCCUAUGUGAAAAAAAUCCCAGAGAAACGGUGUGAAGCUGUUCAAGUGGAGAAUGGACCAGCUGAGGCAGAGCUUCUCAGAAACAAGAAGAAGAGCACCCCGAUGUCGGAGUUGACCGAGGAAGCACAGAGACUGAAGCGGGCCGCCUGGAGAGAGGCCUCCCGUCGAUACUAUGCUCGUAAGGUCGCCCGUCAACAAGCUGCCCCGCGGCCCACUGGUCCUUUCCUGCAUCUUGUCAGCUCCCAGCAGUACCAGCCCAUAACUCUUGGGGAAUCUAAAAGGAAGAGAAUCCACGAGCUGCCCCGAGACUCUCAGGAACAUCAGAGGGAGGUGUGGAGAGCAGCAUCCAGACGCUACUAUGCACAUAAAGUUGCUCGCCAUCAGACUACACAGCAGCAAUAUCAAACUCUUCUCCAUAACAUUGCGCCUUCAGAGGAAACAUCUGAACAGAAUGGUGGAGGAACCCAGUGCAGCAGUCAUAACGGAGGAGGAGGAGGACUGGGAGGAAUCUUGUGCAGCUGAUCUAGUUGUGGGGUUAAAAUGUAAAUAUUUUUCAUCGGCAACCAAGUCAAAAUAUUUAUGAUAGUCCAGCAAAUCAGUGGAAAUAGUUCCAGGAGGUCGCUAAAGACUUGUUCCACCUUGUCUGUAAAUUUAAGUGCACAUUUCCCACUUAUGAGAUUACAUUUGUAUGUUUUUGUUGUUUUUACAUCACAUCAGUUAAGUGAAACAUGACACGCUAUUUUUAUGAAACAAUUUAGUUGUGAUAGUAUCACGAUUCUGUCCUUUAAGUUGUUACAGCCGAAGCAUCAAUCAAGUAGUAGUAGAAGUAUUUGCAAAACACUUGCUGAAGUGUGGGGUCAGCAGGUGAUGUUUUUUGAAGGGAUUCCUCUAAUCUAUAUUUUUGAUUUUAUUCUAUUUAUUUUUUAACAUUUAGAAUAUACUACACCACCUCGAGCUUCCAAACUAAAUUUACGAAUGUGUUUCGCUACUGCCAUUCAAGAAACAGACAUUUGUAUUUUUUUUUUUUAAUCUCUGUUUUGUGCCUGUGGUCGGAUGUAAAUAAAAAUGAAUGACUAUUUUUUCUGCUUUAGCG